AUGCGGCUGGGAGACUGGGGCGAGGAGAGCGAGGCCCGGGGGACUGGUCCCCCGUUGGCCCGCCAGGCAGCCCCCCUGGAGUCCCACCACCUUGAGCCGUCCUCCUACCAGGGCUGCUGCGGGGCCAAGACCCCGGAGUUCCUGCGGGUCCAGCCGCCGGAGAAGAUCUCCAGCCGCCGGCGCCUGGUGCUGAUUCUCGUGUCGACGGUCAUGUGCUGCCUCACCACCGGUAUUGUGUUCGGGUUUGCCGCCCUCAAGUCCAUGCUGAUCGCUGAUGGGGUUUAUCAUGACCUGUGCGAGGUGGCGGAUACCUCCUCGGCCCUGUCGUCGGCCUCCUCGUUUGCCGGAUCGCUGCUGGGCCAGCUCCCUCCCAUGCCCAGCAUGACCACCGCCGGCGGGCUGAUCAUGAAGAGCUUGCUCCCGCUUGUCUCCGGGUCGGCCGGGAGCUCCGCCUCCUCCUCGUUGGACGGCUCCGGCCCCUGCACGGCUCAGAUCCUGCGCAUCGACCUCAUGUUCACCAUUGCCUCCUUCGGGACCAAUGGCAUUUCCCCGAUCGUUGGCUUCAUCCUGGAUCGCUAUGGCCCGCGCUUGUCUCUGAUGAUCUCCUCGGUAUGCAUCGCCGUCGCGCUGGUUCUCUUCUCGGCGUCCAGUUCCAACCCCGCCUUCGACAUGUACCACUUCUCCUCUUUCCUCCUGGCCGUUGGCGGCACCUUCGCCACGAUCCCCCUCAUGGGUAUCUGCAAUGCUUUCCCCAAGCGCUCCGGCCUGAUCAUCAGCUGCUUCUCCGGUGCUUUCGACAUUUCGGCCCUGAUCUUCCUCAUUUUCCAGCUCCUCUACCAGCAUGCCAAUGUCGCCAUCUCGGACCUUUUCCUCGGGUACCUGAUCGUCCCUGCCAUCAUGGUCGUGUUCUAUGGCACACAGAUGCCGGACUCCACUUUCAAGGCGUCGCAGCUACCCCCGGACACUCUCAAGUCGUUGGAGGCCGAGCUGGAGAGCGAUGACCAUGACAGCUCGCCCCUGCCCGAGCCGAAGCCCGCCGCACCGGUCAACAAUGCCGACUCGGCGAUGCACAACAUGACUGCCUUCCAGCAGAUCUUCUCCCUGCGCUUCCUCUUCCUGGCCCUCUUCACCUGCAUCUACUUCUUCCGUCUGAACUUCUUCAUCCAGACAGUCGAGGACCAUGUCCGUGAACUUGGCUACUCGGAGACCGACACUGUCUUCAUCACGCAGGUCUUCUCCAUCAUGCUCCCCCUGGGCGGCAUCAUCGCCACGCCGCUGACCGGCUGGAUGCUUGACCACCUGCCCUUCUAUGUGACUUUCCUAUCGAUCUCCGGCUCGCUGCUGCUCUUCAGCGUGCUGAUCCUCAUCCCCUCGCUGCCGCUGCACUAUUUGGCCUACGCCAUUUUCAGUGUCGUCCGCCCGAUGUUCUACGGCUCCUUCACGGACUAUGUUAGCCGGGUGUUCGGCUUCCGCCACUUUGGCAAGGUCUACGGUGUGCUGGCCUUCCUCGGUGCCCUCAUGAGCCUGGCUCAGUAUCUCUUCUCCUACUGGGGCAACACCGCCCCGAGUGGCUUCCUCGGCCCAAACAUUUUCUUCCUGGUCACCAUGGUGGCCUCCCUGUACUUCCCGGCGCAGCUGUACUUCCGCCACCGGGAGCUCCGCGAUGCGGCUGCCAGUGCCACCGACGAGAGCGUCGCCAUGGUCACCCUGCAGCAUUACGAUGACGAUGACGACAAUGGGUCUCCGCGUCUCGGCGCCCUGGCCGCCGCCACGGCCGGCUUCGCCCUCGAUCACGACGACGACUAUGAUGACGACGAUAUCUUCGCCGACAGUCCGACCGAUGAUUUUCUCCCCUCAGACGUCCGGUGAGGCGGACAUCCCCCUCCCCCGUGUGUGAGGCUUUCCCUUGACCUACAGACCCAGCCACACACACACACACACACACACACACACACACACACACGUGCCUCUGGACACCGUGGCAUUCUGCCAUGAGCCGGGAGGAUGUGUUCCCCAUCCAAUGUGUAUCCCUCCCCUUCCCUCCUCGCCAUCUGGCACCGUCUCCUUCUCUGACGGCUCUCUUGCUUAUAGAUAUUCCUUUUUGUAGAACAAAAACAGCCCCUUGUCUAUUUUCUUGCCGCCACCGGGGGAGGAUCCGGCGUGCUCGAGGGAGGGGGCGAGUCGAUUGAAACGUCCGGCAGAUCGCCCGUCAGGGGAGCCGAAAAAAAGAGACACCCGGCCACGUCCACACAGGCAAUCCGCGCCGCAGGGGGCCGGGACAGACCCCCAUCAGCCGGGAUGCCGGCCCCGCCGAAGCGGUCCACCACCUCGGCCACCGAGCGGAAGAGAUCCGAGCUGGGCGGACAGCCCGAGGAGGGCAGGAGCGUCGCCUGGGAUGCCGCAGCCCCGGCCAGCGGUCCGCUCUCGGCCGCAAACACCCACACCAGCGCAUCCGGAGGGGGAGGGUUGCUGCGGCGGAAGGAAUGGUGCCGCGAGGGUCGGAACAGCUCGAAGUACUGGGCUUGGGAUCGCCCAUCAGGUGAUGCAGGGGACUUGGCGCCGGCAUCCCGAUCAGAUCGCCGACGGCCGAGCAUAUCCAGGGCGCGCCGUGCCCGGGCCGUGAAAACACCCGACGUCCGGCAGUUCGGCCGAGUAUGCCGAGCAAGUGACAUUUGUGCGUAGGGUGCAGGCGGGGGCGCGGAGCCGGAGCCGGGGGCCGGCGACGAGUCCAGGAUGCUGGCCAAGGGUGGAGAUGGGCCCGGGCCAGGCGCCGGCAGGUGGCGUGGCCGCCGAAAGACGAACCCCAAACGCUUGAGAAUCCCAUACACAGCCAGGUAGGAGGUAUCGCAGUCCAAUCGAGCAGGAACCUGCUGCCGAAGCGGCAUUGCCGCCGUGGCAUGGCACAGGUGCCCGAGCCACGCGCGAAGAAGGGCCGGCGACAGGAACCGCACGGUCUCGGGCGUUUGGAGGAGACACUCCGCCAGCAGCGGAUCCAGCAGCCCAACCAGACACCGGCAGGGCAGUUCCAGGGCCGCCAGCUCGGGCGUGCUGGACAGGCCCGGGCUUUGCAGGAGGGACAUCGGCCGGAUGGCCGAGACGGGGGCCGGCUGGUCCGUGUCUCCCGGAGGCCCAUCCGGCGGACAGGGGGAUCCCGUCGGCGUGCUGUCGCCAGACAAGGGGACGCACGGGGAGGCCGCCAAGCCGGCACCCUCUACCGGCUGGAGACCGGCGUCAGGGGCCAACCCGCUGGCCGGGCGCCCACCGCCACACAUGCACCGGGGUGCCGGGCUCUGCCGAGCCAGGGCCGCCUCGUAGGAUGACUGAUCGCAGAUGAGGAGCGAACCACGCUCCAGCAGGAAAACCGCCUCCUCCGGUGCCAGCCAUGUCCCGGGCAGGGGAAAGUGCGCAAGACCCAUGCUCUUGAGAAGCGGCCCACGAGAGCGCAGGAGUUUGGCCGCGCCGAGGGCCGGGUACCAAGCGGCCAGCGAGCGUUUGUCUCGGGCGCCGAUGGGCAUAAAGCACCCCUCGGCCUCCAGCGGCGCCAGGUGGGACAUCUGUGCCGCGAAGAUGACCGACGGGUCGUGGACCUUGACGCCGGCAUGGCUGGAAAAGAGGGGCGGCGCAUGGCGCUUGCGCUGGCUCUGGCUGGGCGGGUUUCGGGCCGCGGCCCGACCGAGGGUCAGCCAAAAGGCCGCUCCCGAAUCGACGUCCGAGUCAUGGUCCGAGGCGGAGGGCGAGGAGUUUGGAGCAUCAUCCAUAUCUCCCCUUCGGGCAGGAAAGCGGGAGGAAAGGGAGCGGACAAAAGAGGGAGACGGUCGAGGUGAAGG